UAUGGAUUGUAAACCGGGGACAUGAUAUCUAUGAAGAAAAAAGAAAGCUGCAGAGAGUUUGUUGGUGAUCAAUGAGUCACGCCUGUUAAACUUCUACCAAGACUAGGUUGACAAGAGCGACUAGGGUAGCUGUUAUGUAUAUCCAGGAAGAAGAAGACAUAAGGAAAGGUCCAUGGACCUUAGAGGAGGAUAUGCUUCUCACCAACUAUAUAAACCUCUGUGGUGAAGGUCGUUGGAAUUCUGUAGCCAAAAAUUCAGGACUGAAGAGAAGUGGGAAAAGCUGCAGGCUGAGGUGGAUCAAUUAUCUAAGGCCUGAUCUAAAGAGAGGAAACAUUACUCCACAAGAAGAACGCCUGAUCAUAGAUCUUCAAAACCGAUGGGGGAACAGAUGGUCAAGAAUUGCAAGGCGUUUACCCGGGCGAACAGACAAUGAAAUUAAGAACUACUGGAGGACAAGGAUUAAAAGGAAGCUCGGCACUGGAAAUCCAUCAUCAGAACAUUCAAUUGAUUCUAGCUCUAUUUCAAAUCCAUUUCUCAUGCAAAACAGUGAAUUUGAAAGGUACAGAGUGUCUCAGGCUAUCGUCCAGCAAAAUGAAGCACUGAACAAGACAGUGCUUCAUUUUGGUGAACAGCCAAAAGAGGAUUUUGUACUUAACCCAAUUGAUUCAAUCAAAAUACCAAGCGAACCAAACCAGUUGGAGGGCAGUAGUGGAGUAUUUGAAACUACAACUAUGCCUUUUGAACUGGAUUGGUUUGCAGCCAUGGUAUCUGAGUUAUAUGCAGAUACAACGGAACAUGGAGGAAUGUCCCAAUUCAUCAAAUUUUAAUGUACCCACGAAUAGAAUUUUACUUUCCAUGGUAUCAAAAACCUAAUUUCCAUGGUAUCAGAUAGAAGAUAGAGAGAGAAAGGAAACUGGGAUUGACAUAGGUUUUACAGU